CUGGAGAGGAAUGAAGUACUAAUUACCGGAGGCUCACCUGUACCACUUGAGUCAAGAGCCUGAAAAAAGUCUUUGAAUCAAGAGUUUUUGGAGUGGCUCUUCCCAAACAUGGCAGCCACGAGGGGGUUUGCUCUUCUCCUCUGCACGCUGCUGAUGGCGUCCAGAGGCGCCAGCCUGGCCAGUGGGGGGCCAGUACAGAGCACUUCCACUGUGACCGCGGACCCAGGACACAACACGGGCGGCGGGCACGAGGCCGCCACCAACUCCAGCAGCGCUGAUCAAGGCGCUACAGACGGUCAUGAAACGGCCCCCAUCACCACUUUGCCCAUUGUGACCUGGAAGUGGACCCAUGUCUCCACUCCAUACCUGGUGGCCCUGUGGGUCCUGGUCAGCUGGAUCUGCAAACUCAUCAUCGAGGCCAACCACCAUGUGACCGAGGUGAUCCCGGAGAGUGCCUUGCUCAUCUGCUUCGGCUUCAUUCUGGGGGGGAUCAUUUGGGGUGCAGACAUGGUGCAGACCUUUAAGCUGAACCCGACGGUGUUCUUCUUCUACCUGUUGCCUCAAAUCAUCCUGGAUACGGGUUACUCUAUGCCGAACAAGCUCUUCUUCGGCAACCUGGGGGCCAUCUUGGUCUACGCCGUCAUCGGGACCGUCUGGAACGCUGCCAGCUUGGGGCUGUCGCUGUGGGGGUGUCACCAGGGAGGAGCCAUGGGUCAACUGGACAUCGGCCUGCUGCAGUAUCUUCUCUUCGGCAGUCUGAUUGCUGCCGUGGACCCGGUGGCCGUCAUCGCCGUGUUUGAGCAGGUCCACGUCAACGAGGUGCUCUUCAUCCUGGUGUUUGGAGAGUCGCUGCUCAACGACGGCGUGACAGUGGUGCUCUUCAAUGUGUUCGAUGCGUUCGUGUCACUGGGAGGACCUGGAAUUAAUGCUGUGGAGAUCAUUAAAGGAAUUAUUUCCUUCUUUGUGGUGGCGUUUGGUGGCUCCUUUUUGGGCCUUGCGUUCGGCCUGCUGAUCUCUCUCCUGACCAAAGUCACUCAGAACAUCAAGAUUAUUGAGCCAGCGUUCGUCUUCGUCCUGGGAUACCUCGCCUACCUGACCGCUGAGAUGCUCUCCCUGUCUUCCAUCCUGUCGAUCACCUUCUGUGGCGUGUCCUGCCAGAAGUACAUCAACGCAAACAUGGACGAGAAUUCCGUCAACACGGUCCGAUACGUCAUGAAGGUUUUCGCCAACGGAUCAGAAACCAUCAUCUUCGUGUUCCUCGGGAUCUCGGCCAUUGAUAAGGAGAUCUGGGUGUGGAACACGGGCUUCAUCCUCCUCACGCUCUUCUUCAUCUUUGUGUACAGAAUCAUCGGUGUCUUUUUCCUCACGUGGAUCUUGAAUAGGUACAGGCUGGUCCCCGUGGAGUUCAUUGACCAGGUGAUCAUGAGCUACGGUGGCCUGCGAGGGGCUGUCGCAUAUGGCUUGGCUGCGUUGCUGAAUGAGAGCAAAAUAAAGGAGAAAAACCUGAUGAUCUGCACUACUCUCCUCGUAGUGUACUUCACUGUCAUCCUUCAGGGAAUCACGAUGAAACCUCUGGUCAAGUGGCUCAAGGUCAAAAAAGCGUCUGUGUCGGAGCUCACGCUCAUAGAAAAAUUGCAGGACAAAGUGUUUGAUCACAUGCUUGUUGCCAUAGAGGAUGUAUCUGGACAAAUAGGACACAACUACAUGAGGGACAAGUGGAAUCAGUUUGAGGAGAGAUGGAUGAAGAGGAUUCUGAUGAAGAAGUCAGCAAGGAAGAGCCGCGACCAGGUCUUCAAAGUCUUCCAUCGGCUCAACCUCAAGGAUGCUAUGAACUACGUGGCUGAGGUGAAGUAUAUUCAAAUCACCCAAAAAUGUGUUUGGUACACGCUUGACAUUACUAGGCAAGCGGGCAUUAAGGGAGGAAGGAGGCUCGAUAAAGCCAGUCCUCUGGUCUCAACGUUGCAGGGCGAACGCAGAGGCUCUCUGGAGUUUGUCCGCAACGAAACGGCGUUCAUCGACUUCAAGAAGAAGUUUGUCGACGACCUGCCCGACAUCACGGCCGGCAUGUCAGACGAUCACACUGCGGCGUCCUCGAUGGGGAGAAUAGACCAGGUGCCAUCUGUGAGCCUGGAGAUGCACGAGCAGAACAUGAAGGGUGUGAGGCAGAUGGAGGACAUCAACACGCACCACCUGCUGCAGCAGCAUCUGUACAAGGGCAGGAAGCAGCAUCGACACAGGUACAGCCGGAGCCAUUUCAACGUCAACAAGGACGAAGAUGAAGUGCAGGAGAUCUUCCAGAGGACCAUGAGGAAUCGUUUGGAGUCCUUCAAGUCUGCAAAGAUGGGCGUUUCUCAACCGAAGAAGAUCAGCAAGCACGCAAAGAAAGACCAGCUGCAGAAGGUGCCAAACGGGAAAUCAACAGACAACAGCAAAAGAUACUUAGCUGGUGAUGAGGAUUUCCAGCUGUCAGAAGGAGACGCCUCUGGCUUUGGGGCAUCGGGCGGUUCAUACCCCUUCCCCAUGAUGGUAUCCUACAGAGCAGGAGCUGGCAUCGAGAAUCCGGCCUACAUCCCGGACCUGGACCCCAUGGCCGCCAAGAUCCCCCCGUGGCUGGCGCAGGCCGAGCUCGACGGCGAGCCGGUGGCUCCGUCACAGCGCGCCCAGCUGAGGAUGCCCAGCGACCUGAGCCGCCUGGCCCCCCUGCGCAUCAGCGCCCGCUCCAACGACUCCUUUGCUCAGGCCGACGCCCCCGCCGCCCGGCAGAGGGACGACGAGGCGCCGGCUCCCUCCAAGCGAGGCGGUCACAACGUGUAGAAGCAUCCCCCCCCGCCUCGGGUCCGCCCCAAGCUGCAGCACCUGACCUCAGGCUCUCAAAAUAUUGGAUCUCCGUGCCGUUGCCUAAUCUCGCUCCCAGGUUCCCGGACCAAACGUUCACAGGCCCGCGACCUUUGCGCCCCUUCGUCUGGGCUCCUGUUGUCGCUCUAGUUUCGCCCUCCACUGAGGGAAGGCUGCUCCUGAAUUGAAUUGUUAUUUACCCGCGCACAUUGAACGCUGUCGUAUUUGCCCCUCGGGUUCACAUUGGACAGGGUCAAACAUUGCAAGUGGAGAAUCUAAUCCUUGAAUGUGACGCAGAAAGCUUUUUUCAACAUUAUAGAUCUUUUUGAGUUGCGUUAUCAAUAAAGAUAAUACAUUUAAUUGAGAGUUCUAAGAGAUUUUUCCAGCUGUAUAAUCUGAAAGUUACAUUUUGUGUGUGUGUUAUGUUCUUUGGCACACAAAUGUAUUCAUGGCUAAAUAUAAAAAUGGCACAUGUACGAUAAAGACAUAUUUAUUCAGUAAAUUAAGGCUGGUAUUGUGUGGACACAUCCGCCAUCUCAAACAGGGGCAUAUAUUUAAUCAUCCUCCAAGAAAUUGAACAUGUCAUUGACUACUUUAAAAAUGUGUGAAUUUAAAUAUAUAUUCAGAAAUAAUUGAGGAAAAAGAUCAUUCUUGUUCCUGAGGAGUAAAUCGGUGAGUCAUUUCAUUGUUGGAUUGUAAUAAACAUAAACCAAUUACUUUGAUAAAAUUAUAAUAAUAUAUUGAUUAACAAGUCAAACAUGGGUGCUUUUCUUUUUUUCAAUAUUGUAUAUACUCCAUGCAGAUGAAUGUUUAACUGAAUGUGGAUCACUAAUAUCGAA